AACUGCAACUCAUACCUUGGUCUAAGUUGAAAGUAUAACAUUGUUAAGAUUAAGGUUUUACUUUUAUGUGUGUCAUUUAAAAUGACAAUCACACUGUUUUACAUAUGAAAAGAAAGAAUGAGCUCAUUUAAAUUCUGGACAUGGUCUUGAGUGAGGGGCACAUGAAGUGCUGAUGUGGACUUUCGGAUUUGUUUCACAGCCAUUAAACACUUCAUGAGGCUUGUUGCACCGCACGUCUUUUUACUUUACCAGUUUCUAAAACAAAUCCUUGUUGUACUAUUUUACACUUGUCGAACAAGGAAGUAUUUUCUGUUUCAUACCAGUCGGAUUUUGAAAAGUUUCUCCUUUGAGCAAGAGGCUUGAUCUUAUAUAACCUGUAGCCACACUACCAAGAGACCUACAACUAACAGUAUGGAAUUUCCUGGUGAGCAGAAGGGAGAUCUUGAAAACAGUGUUCAGGAGUCUAUGGCACACGUGCAGACAGAUAGUGAAGAACAUGCCUCUGUAGGAAAGAGAAACAUAGAAGAGGAGUUUGCUGGCACACCUCUUGCUCAAGCUUGCUCUCUUUGGACCACUGAUGCUAAAGGCGCAGUAAGACUGAGAAUAGAAGAAGGAUGUCCAGAGGAACCUGUCACAGUUCACCAAAUGUUCAAAGCCUCAGUUGAAAAAUAUGGAAACAUGUACGCGAUCGCCAGCAAGAAGGACAACAAAUGGGAAAAGAUAACCUUCUUAGAGUAUUAUCAAUUCUGCCGGAGAGCAGCUAAGAGCUUUAUAAAGCUUGGGUUAGAGCGAUUCCAUGGAGUGGCAAUACUGGGAUUCAAUUCAGCAGAAUGGUUCUUCUCUGCAGUCGGUACCAUCAUGGCAGGGGGGACAAUGACCGGAAUUUAUGUCACAAACUCACCAGAAGCUUGCCAGUAUGUGGCAAGUGACUGCAAAGCCAACAUAAUUGUGGUGGAAAACCAAAAGCAAUUGGAUAAAAUCCUGCAGAUACGGGACAGACUUCCCCAUUUGAAAGCCAUAGUGCAGUACAGUGGACACCCCCUGCAGAAGAUCUCUAAUCUUUACUCUUGGGAGGACUUCAUGGAGCUGGGUCUGGAUGUUUCUGAGAAAGAGCUGGAUGACAUCAUUGACAGCCAGAGAGCCAACCAAUGCUGCGUCCUGAUAUACACGUCCGGCACCACAGGCAAGCCCAAGGGAGUCAUGCUAAGUCAUGACAAUAUCACAUGGACGGCCAAUCACGCCCGCAGGGUCGGGGACAUGCAGCCAGCUGACAUUAAACAGGAGUCACUAGUGAGCUACUUGCCUCUGAGCCACAUCGCCGCUCAGAUCUAUGAUCUCUGGACGGGCAUCCAGUGGGGUGAGCUGGUAUACUUUGCACAGCCAGAUGCCUUAAAGGGAAGCCUGAUAACAACUCUGAGAGAAGUUAGUCCUUCAUCCCACAUGGGCGUCCCCCGGGUAUGGGAGAAAAUGAUGGAGAAAAUAAAACAGGCAAUAAGUGAAUGUGGAUAUGUGAAAAAGAAAAUGGUGACAUGGGCGAUGUCAGUCAGUCUGGAAGUAAAUCAAAAGUGUCCGCAAAAGGAUGAUGAGAGACCAUUCCUCUUUACCCUGGCUGACAGCCUUGUGCUGCAGAGGCUCCGGGCUGAGCUGGGCCUGUCUUGCUGUCAGAAGUUCUUCUCUGGAGCAGCACCGAUCGGCAGUGAAACGGUGCAGUUUUUCCUGAGCCUGAAUAUCCGGUUGUUUGAGGCAUAUGGCAUGAGUGAGAGCACAGGACCUCACUUUUUGUCAGGUCCCAAAGCUUACAAACUACCAAGCUGCGGGAAGGUGGUGCCUGGCUGUCGAUACAAAAUGGUCAACAUAGACUCUGAUGAGAUAGGCGAAAUUUGCUUUUGGGGACGUAACAUUUUCAUGGGUUUCCUCAACAUGGAAGACAAAACAAGAGAAGCUUUAGAUGAAGACGGAUGGCUGCAUUCUGGAGACCUGGGGAAGAUAGACGAAGAGGGUUUCUUGUACAUCACAGGGAGAAUAAAAGAGCUGAUCAUCACAGCUGGAGGGGAGAAUAUUCCCCCUCUUCCCGUAGAGGAAGCAGUGAAGAAGGAGCUACCUAUCAUCAGCAAUGCCAUGCUCAUUGGGGACAAGAGGAAGUUCUUGUCAAUGCUUUUAACACUAAAGUGUUGUAGCGAUACAGAAACCAUGGAGCCAACAGAGGAGCUGAGUGUGGAGGCUGUGGAGCUUUGCCGGCAGCUAGGCAGCCAAGCAACCACGGUGUGCGACAUCAUCGGGGGAAAAGACAAAGAAGUGUACCGGACCAUUCAAGAAGGAAUCAACAGAGUGAACGCUGCAGCCGCCUCUAAUGCCCAACGCAUACAGAAGUGGACUAUUCUGAGAAAGGACUUCUCUGUUUCCGGAGGAGAGCUGGGUCCCACAAUGAAGCUCUGUCGCCCUGUUGUGUUGGAGAUGUACCAAAAGGUGAUAGAGAGCCUCUACCAAGAGUAAUCGUGUUCCUAGAGAAAUUACUGUGUAAUAGUUAGUAGGAAAAUAACGUGUCACUUGCAUAUCUCAUCAUUCUUGUGGACAUGGAAUUUAAUUAUAUCUGUGUCUUAUGUUCAGAAUGCAUACAUAAGAAAGGAACCAUAUUCAAUGUUUUAUAAUAUUUAAGAAGACCCCAAGAUUACGUUUUAAAUAGUGAAUAAUACCAAGGAUUCUGACAAAAGUUACAUUAAUUUUAUGCAACUUUUCACUGGCUGAAAUAUCAGUUUUUAAUUCAUAUUCUUCUCUGGUCUGCAAUUUAAUUUUUAAUGCUUUGAAAUAUCAGUUACUUGCAUGACAGGAUCUUACCCUUGUAUUUUGUGUAGAUAUUAUGUGGUAUUCAGAAUAUGGUUCAUACCCCAUUUGGAUCAAAUCUCAUUAACAUGGACAUAAUCUUCCGCCAGAAAUCUAAUCAGUGGAAUCAUCAUCAUAGCAGCUGACAGGACUUAUGACACCCACAAGUCAUUUGCAUAACACUGAAUAAAGAAACUGGCAUUUCUGAUGUCAUUGUAACAUUCAUUUUUAAUUUCUUUAAACAUUCAUGAUAUUUGCAGCAAGAAAACAGAAUGCCAGAAAAGACUUAGUGCAAAACAUCUGCACGUUUCAUGUUACAGAAGCCUGAUUAUGUUUGGAUACAUUAAAGCUGUGUGAAAUAUAUCGACACAAAUGAU